AUGACAGUGACCAUAGAUCUAACUGCGGAGUUUCAGACCGCACGGUCGCAGGUACACAAAGAGCGCUUGGGGUCUCUAGAGGACGACAACGUUUUUGUAGAACCUGCGGACCCCGUCUGGAUGCAGAUGGCCAAUAAACUGCGUGCUGAUAUCCUAACGCUUCAGCAGACCCUGACUAAGAUAGAAGACAAAGAGAGGCAGAGACAGAGGUCCAUCUUUAACGAUAUUCUCGCAGGCGAGAUCAAGACACUGGGCAAGAGUGCAACAGACCAAAUUGAAACACUUCAAGCAGGAAUUGUUGGACUGAAUGCGCAGUCUUUGAAUAACCCUGCGGAGGAGGAGCUCCGGCGAGGAGUUGUGGGGUCCCUCUUUGCGAGUCUACGGAGGGAAACCCAGAAUCUUCGUGACAUACACCAACGGUAUGCGGCAGCCUUGGCUCUUCCCGAGACCUACGAAGGUGCUCACCUAACAUCUCAAGCCAGGAACAUUUCUGCACUUGCAGAUCAACGGGCGGAGUUGAGUUCAGAGGAGAUCAAAAUGCGUCAGCAAGAAAUAACGUACAUAACCACAGGGAUCGCAGAGAUAGCAAAUAUUAUCACCCAGAUGUCUGAGCUCAUCUAUGAGCAAGGAACGGUGCUAGAUAGAAUAGAUGCAAAUGUGUAUACCGCAGUUGGAUACGCUGAGGAAGGAAGAGAUAUACUUAAGCACGCCCGAAAGCGGCAAUGGAAGAUGCGAUGGUGCAAGAAAUUAACUUAUAUCAUCAUAGGAGUCGAUUAUGGUCUGCUACUAACAUAUAUUUUUCUGCGACUUAUAUAG